UUCUGGGCGUGGCUAUUGUGACGCCAUCAGGCCACUGACACGUACAGCAGGAAGAAGAACGGCUGCCAAACUGUUUGUUAGCUGGUUAGCGGAGUAAGCAAAUAAUCUCUCUUCAGUUCACGAGCCCUGGUUCCAUCAUGAACAUGUUUGACCGCAACAUCAACUUUGACGCCCUCUUCAAGUUCUCCCAAAUAUCUCAUUCCACCCAGGUGCACUUGAAGAAUGUGUACUCCAGCCUGGCACUCUGUAUGUUUGUGUCUGCAGCUGGCUCCUACGUCCAUGUCGUCACACGUCUCUUCCAGGGAGGUUUGCUGUCUGUCCUCGGCUCCUUGGGGAUGAUGUUUUGGCUUGCCAUGACGCCACACAACUCUGAAACGGAGAAGAAGAGACUGGCUAUCCUCGCAGGAUUCGCCUUCCUCACAGGUGUCGGCCUUGGCCCCACACUGGACUUUGUCAUCGCUGUCAAUCCGAGCAUCAUCAUGACGGCUUUCAUGGGAACCUCUGUGAUUUUCAUCUGCUUCACUCUCAGCGCUCUCUAUGCCAAACGCAGGAGCUACCUGUUCCUUGGAGGCACCCUGAUGUCUGGCCUUUCCCUCCUCUUCCUGAUGUCUGUGAUGAACAUGUUCUUUGGAUCCGUGAUGCUGUUUAAGGCACACAUGUACCUCGGGCUGCUCAUCAUGUGCGGCUUCGUCCUGUUUGACACUCAGCUCAUCAUUGAGAAAGCAGAGAAUGGAGACAAGGACUACAUCUGGCACUGCGUGGACUUGUUCCUGGAUUUCAUCACCAUCUUCAGAAAACUCAUGGUCAUCCUCGCCAUGAACGACAAGGAAAAGAAGAAGGAAAAGAAGUAAAGAACGUUUGGAUAAUUAAAGUCUGAAGAGGCACAAUGUGCAACGCACGUGGUGCUUUUCACUUUCUGUCUUCAUUUAUUGAAUUAACUCCUAUGUGGUCUUAUAUUAUUGAAAUUCUUUUGAUUUAUUUUUCAAACUUUCAACAACGGUUGAAUGCAAGUUUAUGGUAAACUAAUGCUAGUCCCUGUCAUGGCUGUGAAUGGAGAAUUAGACUAAUGCUGCAGUGAACAUGCUUGGCCUGUAGAGGGCAGUGUUGCCCUAUGAAGACUCCCGGAAGCUGAGCAGCACUUAAUGAACAUACUCAUUAUUUAGUGCCAUAAAUGACAUGACGGGCUCUUUUCUAGUGGGUCAUGUCAGCUUCUGAGGCUAAUCCUUGUUUUAUUUGAAGUUAUUUCAUUUCAGUCGUUGAUUUGCUUUUUUUAGUUUUCCUCCAUUCUCUUUAGUGGAGUGUCAUAAGAUAUGGUGUCCCAUGAUUUUGAUAGAUUACCCCGUUUGAGAAAUUUCCCCGUCAUUGUUUUUGUCCCGACAAAUUUUUGUUUUCAGACCAACAUUUUGAGUAAGAAUGUUGAAACCUGGUAACACUGACACAAACCCUAAAAGCCUGUCGGAGUCAUGGUGGUCUACACCAGCUCAUUCCGACAGACGUUUGGGGUUUCGGGUGUCGUAGGCUGGAGGAGGAGGAACAGUCUGUGCCAUCGGUCUUCAUCUUGGAUAGCAGGCGAGUUGUUCAGGCCUCUCCCAGUGUAAGUUUCUCUAAACAUCUGUUGUCUAGAAAGUAGUUUGCCAAAUGAUGUGAUUUUAACCUUUACGAUUUUUUGAAAGUGUAUACUGUGAAGAAUUUAUUUUAUGGAUGUAAAAUUUAAACUAAUAAUUUGAUACAUUUGCUCAAAUAAAUGUGUUGAACGUA